UGCCUGGGCCAUCCACCACACUAACGGCAGUGCAGCUCUUCUCCAAGCAGAAUCCUGCCCGGCAGGAGCUCUGCAAACUCCAGCAGCAGAUGAAGGCACAAGGACUAAACGUGACGGCCACCAGGCGUGAGGUCUCAGAGUUCCGGGUCAAAUUCCAGGAGCAGCUCAAACAACUCCAGGACCAGGACCAGAAGAUCCUAGAGCAGAACCAGAUCAUCGGCGAGCAGAAUGCCCGGCUGGCUGAACUGGACCGAAAGCUGGCUGAGCAUGCCCUUAAGCACCAGCAGAACGAGCAGAAGAUCAAAGACCUGCAGGAGCUUCUGGAACGAGUCAUUGAGACCCGGGCUGCAGCUGAUCAAGCUUCUGCCGGGCAAAGCAAACGCAAGAAGGCACCACCAGAUGGCACCACUUCAGACUUACCCACCCGUGCCAAGCGCCUUCGGAGCAGGAAGUGAGCUGGAGAUUGCAAGAGGGAGAUUUUGUUGUUCUUGUGUCACUCAUAAUGGUAAUGGGUAUUUGUGUGCUUCUGCACCAAGUUACACUGUAUAUAUGGUGCAAGAUGACACAGGUCAGGAGAACAGACAAGGUAUUGGGAUGGCAACAGGCUCCAGACAUAAGAUUGGGCAGGGUUAGUAGCCAUGGGGAGGGAGGAGAUGGAAGGCACCACAUUGGGAGCUGACUAGAGCAGAACUGAAUUAAACUCUGCUCUUUUACCCAGUACUGGGUGACUGAAUCAGUUAAACUUGCCUGGGUGAGGCAUCUGACAAACAGGUGGAACACAUUGUAAUCCAGCCCACACAGUAUAGACUAUUCUUACUGAAGAAUUGUUUGUGUUCAGUUUGCUGGUCUCGGGUAAGGGCAGCAAUACCGCAGGCCUGAGUUCCAGCAUCUCCCUUCCCAGGAUAUAGGGUAGUCCCUUCCCCUGGUCAGUUGAUGAGCUCCCCUAAAAAUAUUUGUUUAUGCACUAAGUUUGGAGUGGAUCUGGCUCACUUGUGAUGUCCCCAUGACCAAAUGGCCUGCUGCCAUCUUGGAGACUGUGUAUCCUCAUCAGAGUUAAAGCUUUCAGGAUAAGAGGCAACCACCUGUGACAGUUUGAUGAAUGUGGGCACUAUGACCCAGCAUAUGUUUCCUUCUAAUUGUCCUAUGAGUGUGGAUUUCAGAGUUAUGAUUCACUCUAUACUGCCACACUGUUCAAACCAGGUCAGGUUGAAGGGUAACAACAGGAUGGAUUCUACACGUUUUGCAGAGAGCUCGGGUCAUUAAAGCUUAGGGUCCAGAAUUCCUGAGGCUUUUUCCUUUGAGUACUGAAGGAAGAUUGGAACAAGGAGAGAACAGUGUGAAUGCCCCGCAUCUAACUGUGCUCCCAUGGUGCUGGAUAGAUGGCCUAUUCAUUUGAUCAGUGGUUUUGGGGUCUCCCAACAUACCAGCAGUACCAGGGAGUGGAGCACUCUGUCCUCCUAAUUGUUCACUCAGUAAUACUAGCUGUACAAUUUUCUCCUAAGUACUGUACAUGUAUAACCUGAAUAUUUUAUUUUUGGGAGGCAGAGCCUGAUCCCAGUUUUGGCUGUCCAGAAAGGGUAGUUCUAAUGCUUAUUCAUUAAUUGGUUCUGAUAGGAUUCCAGUUCAGAAUAAAUCAGCAUUGUAUGGUAAAAGUGAACAGGUUACCUAGUAAGUGUCUUUCACCUCACUGCUGGGACAGCCCACUCUUGUUUGUAUUUCAUGGACAAUGUGAAAUGCAUGAUUAGGAAUAAUGCGAUAUCUCAAAAACUAAAUUUAUCUCCUCACUGAAAAUGUCACAUCCAGAGGUACUAAUGUUAUUAGUCACCCAAGCCCAAGGUGGUGUCACUCAAAGUGAUCCUUCUCAUGCUCCUCCUGAGGAGGUGCCACUCAAAGUGAUGCUAAUGUUCAUCUUGAGGCAACUUCACCAGUUACCACGGCUUGCCACAUUUAUUUGUUUUCCUUGUCUUGAACUUUCUGUCCUUGAGAAGAAUAGUUGUUCAAACUUUAGCCUCUAUUCAGUUACUAAUGAUGUAACUGUUGAGCCCAAUCCUACCACUUCCAUUAUCCACCAUAGCCCUCUCCAGGAAGAGGUUGAUGGCAAUGGUGAGUACUAGACUGCUAGAAUUUCACACCCCUCCCCCAGAAAAAACCCUCUGACCCCACACAACAGUUAUAAUAUGCCCCAGAAAGCUGCACACAAAAGAAGUAUGACCUCUUAAAACAGAUGGUAUUGAUGCCUGAAUUUUAGGAAGUGACACUGUAAGGUUCUUCAGAAAGUUCUCAGCAUUUUAAAACCAAUUUCCAGUCCUUCCUUUUGAUCAUGGUGUUACUGUCACAGGCAGCUGCUGUUCUCUUCCGGUGCCACUUCUACACUAAUAGAACAUUCAGCUUCAAAGAUUGCAAUACUGAUUUGCUCCUGACCAUCUUCUCCCAAGAUCUAUCUCCAGCCGUCUUUGCCCUGUCUGAGCUCCUUUCCCUCAGUCUUUAUGAAAAAGGAGGGGGGGGUUGGAUUAAUGCUCACUUGAACUUGAGCCUAUUCCAUUGCCCUCUCUGCUGUAUGUGUGUGUGCCUUUGAUCUAUUUUUCACCAAUUGGCCCAUCACAAGCUUAGACUUUGAGGGGUUCUGAGUUUGACUCUUGCAUGGUAGCCAAUAGACUUUGCAGAAUCUUUCAGUGACACUGUGGGACCCUUAACCUCCUGUGCACCAAAGUGAAUCUGCUUACUGGGAGGUGAAUACAACACUGCUGUGAGCCAAAAACUGAAAGAAGAAUCAAGCCUUAAUGUGGCAGUCAGUGCAGGGCUGGACUCUGGCUCUGAGAGGUCUCUAAAGAUUCUUCAUGCCAUUAUUGAGGAUUCCAAGGAGCAGUCGUAUUCCUGCCUGUUGUGUUGUAACAGGACCUGGUUUACAGAUACAUAACCCCAAACUGUGUACAGACUCACCUACAGAUUGAUAACCUGGAAUUACAACCUGUCGAAGGAUACUAACUGGUCAGGGUAUGACAAAUUGAGUAACUCAAGUGGGGUGGGGCUUAGGGCCACUUUAGUUGGCCUCAGUUCCUUUGGCUGGGAAAGGAAAAUAUUGGUCAGUUAAUUCUAGCAACCUCUGAGGAAGGAUUUCUACUGGAAGACAGUGUUGUGGUUGGCUGUGGUACCAUCAUUCUGCAGAAAAAGAAUGAUCUUUCAGUGUCUGUGAGCAUGUACCCCAGCAUGGAAGUCACUUUACAGGAAGAGAGAGCAGAAAAACAAAAUAAAUGUUCAGUGUGAGUACUUAUUUUUAAUUUCAACAAGAAUGAGUGGCCAAAUGCACCAAAAGUUCAUUAAUGGAAUGUUGUCAGCACCUCUAGGUGUUCUUGAAGUUGUAUAAAAGGACAUUUGAAUACUCCAAGAGUUAAACACGUCUUGCUUUACAAAAGAAGAAAAUGCACAUUUCUGUUAUUUGAAAUGUUUCCUUCACUGAUUAAAAAUAUCCUGGAUGUCCA